AUGGCUCCCAUUCUCAGGAAGUACAAAGCCGCUGCAGUCAACGCCGAGCCAGGCUGGUUCGACCUGGAGGAAUCCGUCCGACGAACCAUCCACUGGAUCGAUGAGGCCGGUAAAGCUGGCUGCAAGCUCAUCGCUUUCCCGGAGUUGUGGAUUCCGGGCUACCCCUACUGGGCUUGGAAGGUAAACUACCAAGAAAGCCUUCCUCUCCUCAAGAAAUAUCGGGAAAACAGUCUCCCCUCCAACUCGGAUGAGAUGCGCCGCAUCCGCGAAGCUGCCCGUGCCAACAAGAUCUACGUCUCCCUGGGCUACUCGGAGGUGGACCUCGCCAGCCUGUACACCACGCAAGUGAUGAUCAACCCUGCCGGCGAGGUAAUCAACCACCGACGCAAGAUCCGGGCUACGCACGUCGAGCGCCUUGUUUUUGGCGACGGCACCGGCGAUACAACCGAGUCGGUCAUGGACACCGAAAUCGGCCGCGUCGGACACCUGAACUGCUGGGAAAACAUGAAUCCGUUCAUGAAGGCCUACGCCGCGUCCCUGGGAGAACAGGUCCACAUCGCUGCUUGGCCUCUGUACCCCGGAAAGGAGACGCUCAAGUACCCUGACCCCUACACGAACAUUGCUGAAGCGAACUCGGAUAUCGCGCAGCUUGUGACGCCUGCCUAUGCUAUUGAGACCGGCUCUUUCACUCUUGCUCCUUGGCAGACAAUUACCGCAGAGGGAAUCAAGCUGAACACCCCGCCUGGAAAGGAGCUUGAGGAUCCAAACAUCUACAAUGGAAAUGGACGGAUCUUCGGACCGGAUGGACAGAAUCUUGUGCCUCACCCGUCGAAGGAUUUCCAGGGUCUGCUCUAUGUUGACAUCGACCUCGAUGAGAUCCAUCUGACCAAGUCUCUGGCCGACUUUGGCGGUCACUACAUGCGGCCCGAUCUGAUCCGCCUCCUCGUCGACACGAAGCGCAAGAACCUGGUUGUCGAGGAGGACCGCGAGAAUGGUGGCGUUGUCUACACCCGCACGCUUGACCGCGUCGGCCUUUCUGCUCCUCUGGCUCAGGCUAGCAACGAGACUCCCAGCGAGUAA